UCACACGACACAAUGGAGCUGCAAUGACAACGUAGUAGAUAGCAGGUGCCUGUUAUUGCAGCUCACACGGAGCGCUAUUAAGUGUCCCUCAAACUUUGGCAACGCGUGGUUGAAAUGGUGUUAUCCUUGGACUGCUAGCAGCUCGCUAACUGUUGUUUUUGCGCUGACGAAUCAGCUUUGAGGGACAACCAACAGCUCCGUUAGCUAGAUGGCUAGCUAGCUCAGCGCUUGAGCUCUGCUGCAUAUUACUGGCAUUGAUUCCCUGCUAACCGAGAUAUUAGAAUCUGUCUAAGAGGUAUCAUGGAGUUUCCUUUUGACAUUAACCAGUUAUUCUCCGAGAGGGUCUCCAUCUUGGACCAGACCCUUGUUGCUGGUCGUAAAUCAGCAGGAAUGCCACAGCUUCAAGCCCACAUAGCCACAGUUAUUGAUGAACUUGGGAGAGCCUCAGCAAAGGCCCAACAGCUCCCAGCAUCUAUAACCAGUGCUUCCAAGCUGCAGUUCCAGAGGCAUCAGCUCUACCUGCUGAAGGACGGAGAGAGCAACGGAGGAUGUGGUGUGGUCGUGGGAUUCCUCAAGGUCGGUUACAAGAAGUUAUUUCUGCUGGACCGACAGGGUGUGCACAUAGAGGCAGAGCCACUGUGUGUUCUGGAUUUCUACAUAGCAGAGAACUUUCAGCGACAUGGCUACGGGCUGGAGCUGUUUGAUUUCAUGUUGCAGCACAAGAAUUUAGAGCCAGUUCUGAUGGCUUACGACAGGCCCUCGCCCAAAUUCCUGUCUUUCCUGGCAAAGCAUUACUGCCUGACACCAAGUGUUCCUCAGGCCAAUAACUUUGUGGUGUUUCAAGGCUUCUUCCUCAACAGAUCAGCGGCGCAGUUGAGAAAAGUUCCCCUCAGAAAGCCGGACGGAGAGAUCAAACCCUACUCUUUAAUGGAGAGAGAAGUGGUGCUUCAGGAGCAGCGGGCUUGUCCUUGGCCGUUUGCUCCUCCUCACUCCCCCCAGCGGUCGGGAUCCUCCCAGUGCUCCCCCUCGCUCAGCGUGGGAUCCUCCCCCAGCAGGGCGCCCCCUCACACCUCCCCAGCUUCUGCCCCUGGGGGCCACAGGGACCAGAGCCCACAGUCGCCUCUCAUCGAGCGCUGCAGAGCAAGACGCAGCAGUUCCCUUAAUAGAUCUCAUCUGGGCUUCCAUUGACCUGCCUCUGACUGGCACUCUUCUCUUUAAAGGAAUGGCUGUGUUGCUUUAGAAGUUUCUGUGACAUGAAGUGUGUUAACAUGUGCACUAGUAUCUUAUUCUGUUUUUGGUCAUUUUCUGAAUAUCCUGGGUUUUCAUAUCCCAGUAUGAGUUUUCACCAUCUCAGCUACUACGUUCUGUAAAAAGACACAAUGUCCAGAAUCCUGGUUAAGGUGUUGCAACAGCAUCCUGCUGUCAUAACCAGGACACUAGUGCGCAUGUAGACACACUCAUAAAGAAGAGGAGUCUGUUGUUAAAACAUAGUGGUGAUCCACUGGGCAGAGGAGAACACCAUGGCUCUGUCUCUGCUUGCUCUUUUCUAGAACCCAUUAAAGUAUCUGCCACAGAACUCCACAUGUGAGAUUGCCUUCUGUCACACACUUUAUUAGGGCCCGAGCAACCAACGUCGGUCCAGCAAAGGCCCUAUUGAAAUUGUAAGUUUUUGUUUGUUCUUCUUUUUUUUCAGAUUUUUGUUUUUACACUUUGGGCACAUUUUUUGAGUAUUUGCCAUACUUUUCCAAAUUGGGCAGACUUCUCAGGUCUGGUGAAAAUAGCCAUCUGACAUAGGUUGCACAUUUGUGUGUAAAGAAAUGGCUCUCUAGCGCCCCCUACCAUUUGGACCGGUGACGCCCCUCGGCCAGUAUGUCCGAUUGACUUGAAAUUGAACACACAUGUCCAAUUCCGCUAGAUCUACAAAAAAGCCUUUCAGACCCCUACACUCCACCAACCGAAAUUUUCCGCAAUUUUGAAUUUUAUGAAAGACACAUUUUUGCAAACACCUCCUACACGCUUGGUCCGAUUGACACCAAAUUUGCUUUGGGUCCUUAUUGGAUGUAGGUCAUCAAAAGUUUUCAAAAGCUUUUUGAUAUCCCUUUGCGUUUACAAGAUAUGGACCAAUAAACUUCUUAGGGGCAUGGCUUAUAUAUCAAUACACAUAACUUCUAAACCAUUUGUCCUAAAAUCACCAGAUUUGCAGCAUAUGUGCACACCACACCCUGCCAUUUUCUUUCCAUUCAACCACUAGGGGGCGCUACAGUACACCUGCAAUUUUGUGCUUUUUUUUGUCACUUUUGACAUUUUUCAGCCUUUGUACUCGAACUCCUACAGAAUUUAUGCGAUCGACUUCAAAUUUGUUCAGGAUGCUCUUAAGACCUUUGUGAUGAAAAGUUAUCAAAGUCGUGAGUUUUCAUGGAAGAACCUUGACACGGUGGGGCGGCGAUUUUGCCUCAUUCGGCAUGAAAUAGGAAGUUGUUUUAACUCCAAGGUAUAUUAUCCAAUCUGCACAAAACUUCUUAUGCAUGCUGCUACUUAAAGCUCGAGAACAUUUGAAUGCUAAAAUCUUCACAUAGUCAUAGUGCCACCUACUGGCAAAAGGAAAUCUCACAUUUUAUACUUUUAUUUAUUCCUCCUAUCCAGUUGACCUGAUGACUCUCACAUUUGGUAAGAAUAGCCUUAAGAUAUUGAAGAUGAUUCAUCAUGAAUAUUGUGAGUUUUCGUUGAACGCUGUUGUCGUGGCAACGCACCAUUCACCAUGAAAAAGGAAGCUGAUGGUUCAGUGGCUUGCGAUGCUCAAAAACUCAUGGAACUUUGCACAUAGGUCAUAGAUAAUGGGAAGACAUAUUUUAUGACAAAUUUUCAAAAGGGCUGCCCCAUCGCUACGUUUCACCUACAUGUAUGAAAUUUGGUAGGCACAUGUAACUCAUAGAGACUUAAAUAAAAGUAUCUUGGGACCAAGCUGUAAACUAUACCGGAAGUCGGUCAUUUUGACUUUUGAAUCAUUUUUCGAUAGAUUAGUCGCUAUACUUUAACGAACUCCUCCUAGGGACUUUGUCAGAUCCACUUCAAAUUUGAUCAGUACAAUCAACACCGUUGUGAUUAAAAGUUAUCAAAAUUUUACAUUUGACGGAAUGGCUUAGCCGUAGCGGGAGGCUACUUUACAUGAUUCCCCCUCUAAAAAGGUGAUGUAACUCAGCUGGACUUGUUGCAAACGGUCCCAAACUUCCCAUGCUUGAUAACACUCAUGGCCUGAGGAUGUCUACAAGCUAAUUUCCACUAAUACUCACAGCGCCCCCUGCUGGCAAAAGAAAAUCUGCGCUUUAUGACAAACAGCAUCCGAUUCACAUGACUUUUACAAGAUGUGGUUUACACUUGAUAUAGAGCAACAUAAUGCAUGUUUGCGCGUGUUCUGUAACGCCACACAGCGGAUACAGGACGCGGUGCACGAUUUACUAAGCAUCAUUUCUAGCAUCAGCAAAACUGUCGAACUCGCGGACGCGCUGUCCGACGCUCGCGGACGUUCUUGGCCGUGCUGGCUGGAGUCCCGCCGGCACCCCCGACGUGCGGGACGAUACGAGGGCCCGUUCAUUGCUGCUCGCAGCUUUAAUUAUUAUUAUAUGAGAUGAGGCUGCUCUUUCUACUCUCCUUCUUUUCAUUCUUGGGCUUUUUAUUUCUUAUGAGUUUGGUUUUAUUCAUACACCAUGUGUUUACUCAUUCAUGUUUUGUCAUAUUUUGGUUUUACUCAGUUUUGUAAUUAUGUCCUUUUUUUGCCCCCUUUAUUUUCUUGCCCUUGUCUGUCCGAAACUGUCUUUUGAAUUGCAUGUCCAUCCCCUCUUGUACUCCUGUCCUCUCUCUUUUUCACCCCACUCUGGAUGUUUUGGGAUGCUUUCAUCCUCCUUGCUGGUGGUCACCAUCUCUCUGGUGCAGACUGGGUCUAGUUGCCAGAAGCAGCCUGUACAGUCGGCACAUGGACAGCAGAGCUGCUGGGCUGCUGGACAGACCCUUAAUACCAGGUAA